AUGGGUGCAGAUUCGAGGAGGAGAGACGGUGAUUGGAGUUGGUGGCCCGUUAUUGAGGUUGCGGGAUGGGCUUCUGCUGGAUUGCUUCUCUUGAUGGCGGUGGUUGUGGUGAUCAUAUUUCUCGUCCGGCGGAGGCAGCAGUCAUACGAAGCGCGGACGGCUCGUGCCCUGCUAGGCGUCUCCUCUAGACCUCGUGGAGAGCAGACACCUAGCACAUCGGUUCCUGGCAGCUGCAUCAGCAGCAUGUCUGGAAGUGAUGCUUUGACAGGGUUCGAGGUGAGCCACCCUUGGAACAUGCCAUCCUUGGCAAAGAGUCCUAGCGUGCCUUGCUGCAUUCGGUUCGUGUAUCCAAUCUUCACACUGCUGUGCUGCGGGCUCUUCAUCCUGGCGGACCUUUCGGAGACCGCUCAUGUGAACGUGAAGCUCCUGGUGGCAGGGGCGCCUCAUCAUGCUGAUUGGGAGUGGUCAGGGACCAUGGCAUCGCUCACGCUCCUCCGUGCAGCAAGGGAUGCAUGGCAGGCGGGUGCUAAACUGACAGCUAUUGUUUUGGGCCUGCUGAACGGGUUUUGGCCGUUUCUCCAGACUGUGGUGCUACUGACUGUCUGGUUUCUGCCUGGCUGGUGCCUGUCCCCAUCAAGCCGAGGUUCCUUCCUCCGUCUCUUCGCAGCUCUUGGGAAAUGCGGUCUUUCUUUUCCAUGGCUCGUAUCCAUUUGGGCCGCGCUCUGUCAGCUCCAGUGGCGAGGGCACCAAGUGUCCGCUGACUUUAGCAUGUCGUUGGAGACGGGGCUGUUUCUCUUCCUGGGUGCCGCCAUCCUGACCAACGUGUUGGGGUAUGCGGCUGACCAUUACCACUACCUGUCGACAAGCAUGCCACUGUCGGCUCCGCCGUGGAGCCGCGCUGGGAGAUGCAUGGGUGGGUACAACCCGCCUCUCAAGGCCUAUUCUCAGUACAGACACUGGCCCACUAUUCUCUGUCCACUGGUUGCUGUGGCAACUGCAGGCUCUGCUUACAUCACCGCGUUCUCCGUGCGGCUCACAGGUUCAAAGUCGCCUGUGAUGAUAAAUGCAGAUGGGAAGGCUCGGUUAGAGUAUGUCAAGAGCUACAGCCUCCUUUCCUUUGGCCUUCAGUUUCCAGAAGUUUCCGAAGAAGAAGUAGGCUCCAGGCUUCUGCAGGUGACCUUCUUAAUCACAUCCCUGGCUGCUCCACUGCUUCUUGCAGGUGUCCUGUGGGCCGUAUGGAUCUUGCCGAUGCAGCCGAAGACGCAGAAUGCUUUGCUAAAGUUGGGUUAUGCGCUGGACGCUUGGGUGGCGCUGGACGUGUUUGUGGUUGUCAUUGCUAUUGCUGCCCUCGACUUUGGAAAGAUGACGACGUACGCUGCUCAUGAGGGGGCCAUGCUUGAAGCAUGCAGCUGGAUGGAGAGGGAGCUCUCUCGAGAAGCCUGUGUGGGUGCUAACGUCACGCUGGAGAAAGGAUUUGGACUACUGGCAGCUUCCGCCACUGCACUUUUGAUCGUGCCAAAGGUGGUGCUCCAAGCGUGCAGCAAAGCAUCUAAGCAGAGAGACGAGUUGAGCGGCAGAGCCCGUGCGUCGUCAGCCUUGGCGGCAGCUUCUCUGACAGCAGAUCCUUUGCCUCUUCGAGGGCCACUUUGA